CUGCGAGAUGGGUGUUUCUUAAAACAUACAAUUUUGCAUCUGUAUCUCCUCUCAUUUCUUGUUUCCUGGUGGUGUAGCUGGACGUCUAUUAGGUAUAGAUGAGAUUUUUGGAUAGGACAUGAUGAUUUGGAGGAGGGAAAAUAUGCAGAAGGUGGAAAUUGGAGGAAAUCGAAACAUUUUCGGUUUGGGAUUGGUAGUCAGGUGCGAAAUGGGCAUUUCCAAAGUGGUUGCGGAGCGUAGCACGGGGGGUAUGGCCACGAAAUAGCGUGGACCAACUGUGAAAAGGAUGCUGCGCGUGCGGCCGCGCCGUCGAUAUGCUUAUCCUAGGGGUGCAACGAGCAGGAGCAGGGAUGCUGUCGCUUGUUCGUUCUGUCGUCGUCGUGAUCAGUUGCUUCUGAAGCCCUCGUCGGGGUCUGUUGGUCGUGUAUUCUCUUGUGCUGCAAUCGGCACCUGGUCGUCGGCGCCUAAGGUGGAUGCCGGUCCCUUGUCAUGUCAGCCGGCGAAGAUGACCGUAAGGCACCAGCCUCCCCAGUCCAAAAACCAAUUGCCGAUGGCCACUGUUCUCCCGCCAAAGACGCAGGAGAUGGCACCGACGAGCAGACAUUCGUCUCUGAGAAGGUCUCUGGCUAUGAGACGAAUCUCUACCUCUAUUCGGAGGAGAUGGAGGAUAGACCGCGGAUCUCGACGCUUAUCAGCUCGUUGGCAAACUAUUCCAAUACCAUCCCACCAGCAUCUGCUGAUCCAGAUGCUAGACCGGCAGGUGGCGGUGCUCGGAUGGGUACCCUCAUCGGGGUGUACCUACCGUGCAUCCAGAACAUCUUUGGAGUGAUUCUUUUUAUUCGUUUGACGUGGGUCGUUGGUACUGCUGGUGCUGUUCAAGGAUUCCUGAUUGUUUUAUGCUGUUGUUGUGUAACCAUGCUAACUGCUAUAUCUAUGUCGGCCAUUGCUACUAAUGGAGUGGUACCGGGCGGGGGGAGCUACUUCAUGAUAUCCAGAUCAUUAGGCCCAGAGUUCGGAGGAGCCGUGGGGAUGCUGUUCUACACGGGGACUACGCUAGCAGCAGCCAUGUACAUUGUGGGUGCUGUCGAGAUUGUCCUAACGUACAUGGCACCUAGCCUUUCGAUAUUCGGAGAUUUCACCAAAGAUGCGAGCGCUAUGUAUAACAAUUUCAGAGUAUACGGGACAGGCCUUCUUGUUGUGAUGGGUACCAUAGUCUUUAUCGGUGUCAAAUUCGUCAACAAGUUCGCCACCCUUGCUUUGGCCUGCGUUAUAUUCUCCAUCAUCGCCGUAUACGUCGGUAUCUUCGUUAAUAUCAACGGCAACGAUAACCUGCACAUGUGCGUUCUUGGAAAGCGUCUCCUGAAGGACAUAUCCUUGAAUGAGUGCAACAAAACGGAAGGCGGUGCUUUGCAUCGAGUAUUCUGUAAUACAACCACUUGUGAUCCUUAUUACGAAUCUCACAAUGUAUCCAUUGUGCAAGGCAUCAAGGGCUUAUCAUCCGGCGUACUCCUCGACAACAUCAAGGACAGCUUCCUCGAACUGGGACAGUUCAUAUCGCAGGGCAAAAACCUUGAGGAUAUUGAGAACUUAGGUCGCGAUGAGUACAAUCAAGUGUCCGCUGAUAUCACGGCUACGUUCACGAUCUUGAUCGGAAUUUUCUUCCCAUCUGUAACCGGAAUCAUGGCAGGUUCAAAUCGCUCCGGCGACUUGGCUGAUGCACAGAAGUCCAUUCCCAUUGGAACAAUUUGUGCAAUUUUAACGACAUCCAUUGUUUACCUGUCCACCGUGAUUCUGUUCGCCGGCACCGUUGACAAUCUGCUCCUCAGGGACAAGUUCGGUGUAUCAAUCGGUGGAAAGUUGGUUGUAGCGAAUAUAGCCUGGCCCAAUCAGUGGGUAAUUCUGAUCGGUUCAUUCCUAUCGACUCUGGGUGCUGGUCUUCAAUCGCUAACUGGAGCACCUCGACUCUUACAAGCUAUUGCCAAGGACGGAAUCAUUCCAUUCCUAUCACCAUUUGCUGUAUCAUCUAGCAGAGGUGAACCGACCAGAGCACUGGUUCUGACUAUCCUCAUAUGCCAGUGCGGUAUUUUACUCGGAAACGUCGACUAUCUAGCACCACUUCUUUCGAUGUUCUUCCUCAUGUGCUAUGGAUUUGUAAACCUGGCUUGCGCCCUGCAAACUCUUCUCAGGACACCUAACUGGAGACCUCGCUUCAAGUAUUAUCAUUGGUCACUGUCCUUCAUCGGGCUUGCCCUUUGCAUUGCGAUUAUGUUCAUGACGUCUUGGUAUUAUGCUUUAAUUGCGAUGGGUAUGGCUGGUUUAAUCUACAAAUACAUCGAGUACCGUGGCGCGGAGAAAGAAUGGGGUGAUGGAAUCCGGGGUUUGGCAUUAUCGGCGGCAAGGUUCUCUUUGCUGCGCCUCGAGGAAGGUCCUCCGCACACCAAGAAUUGGAGACCACAGAUCCUUAUUUUAGUAAAAUUAACCUCCGAUCUAGUUCCAAAGUAUCGCAAGCUAUUUGCGUUUGCUUCCCAGUUGAAAGCUGGCAAAGGGCUUACGGUUUGUGCAUCUGUUAUUAACGGAGAUUAUACUAGGGCAUGCGGCGAAGCCAUGGCAGCGAAGCAGAAUCUGAGGAGAACUGUUGAUGAGGAACGCGUCAAAGGCUUUGUCGAUAUUUUAGUUGCUCGCAAUGUCACCGAUGGACUAUCACAUCUGAUUCAAACGAGCGGACUCGGUGGUAUGAAACCGAACACAGUAAUACUGGGAUGGCCAUACGGUUGGCGCCAAUCAAAGGAUAAUAACAGGACAUGGCAGGUCUUUCUACAGACCGUCCGUAACGUGACUUCUGCCCGUAUGGCAUUGCUUGUUCCGAAAGGUAUUAACUUCUUCCCCGAUUCAUCGGAGAAGGUGGUAGGAAAUAUCGACGUUUGGUGGAUUGUACACGAUGGAGGACUUCUGAUGUUAUUGCCUUUCUUACUGAAACAACAUCGAACCUGGAAGAACUGCAAGAUGCGCAUCUUCACCGUGGCGCAGAUGGAAGAUAACUCUAUACAGAUGAAGAAGGAUUUGAAAAUGUUUUUGUACCACUUACGUAUUGAGGCAGAGGUUGAAGUUGUUGAGAUGUUGGAUAGUGAUAUUUCGGCUUACACGUACGAGAGGACCCUGAUGAUGGAGCAGCGCAACCAGAUGCUGCGAGAACUACGGCUCAACAAAAAAGAAAGUUUGGGAGUGGUACAGACAUUGGUGGAUUUCAAUGAAGUAUCGGCGGAAGAAAAACUGCCUCUGGUUCAGUCCAUUGUAGACCAACAUCAUCAAAAUGAUGCCAAAACAACGAAAGUGCGUUUCCAAGAGCCAGGCUCGGAGGGCGCGGCUGAUGCUGCAGACAAGAAACCGAACGACGAACCUUCGAACGAGGUACCAACGGUGGAUGUGAACGGUGAUUGCGAGAAUUCAAUAAGAGAGAAGGAGGACGCGUCGGAGAAGGAGCCGCUAACGGACGCCAAGGAGAGCGAGGGAGAAGACGAGAAGAAUCCUGCCACAAUAACGCCCGACGAAGGGAACGUGCGUAGAAUGCACACUGCUGUUAAAUUGAACGAGGCGAUUGUGAGUCGCUCGCACGAUGCUCAACUAGUCAUCCUGAACCUGCCAGGACCACCUAAGGACACUAAGAUGGAACGGGAGUCAAACUACAUGGAGUUCUUGGAAGUACUCACUGAGGGAUUGGAACGAGUGCUCAUGGUCCGCGGCGGCGGCCAAGAAGUCAUCACCAUUUAUUCAUAAAGUGUGGAUUAGUUACGUUUGUCAGACCCAUUUUUCGGGUUUGAGUGGUUGAAAAUACUACAACAAUUUUAUUAAAUAAAUAACUAAAGUAGGUUAUGUCGCCUAUCGGAUAGUGAUCAUACCAAAGGAUACUUAUUUAUUCUUCUUAAUGUCAUAGUUUAUAUACAUAUAUAUGAGAAACCAACAAAGAAAGAGAGAAAGAGAAAAAAAAA